AUGGCAGGAGCUUCAUAUCCCACUUUCACCUUCGACACCACCGCCGAGGAAGUCGCGACAGCGUUCGCGGACGACAUCAAGGGCAAAAACGUCCUCGUCACAGGAACUUCGAUCAACGGACUCGGGUUCGAGACUGCGCGUGUUAUCGCCAGACAUGCGAAUCUGGUCAUCAUAACCGGCUACAAUCGGGAGCGACUGGAGCUUGCGCGAGCUGAACUGGAGAAGGAGAGCCCCAAGGCUGAGAUCCGGCCACUGGUUCUCGACCUCUCGUCGCUCAAGGACGUGCGCCGAGCAGCAGCCGAGGUCAACGCCUACGCCGAGCCCAUCCACGUCCUGAUCAACAAUGCCGCUGCCGCUAUCGGGGGUUUCAAGCUCACUGUGGACGGCUUUGAAAGCCAAAUCGGCACAGAUCACAUCGGCCCGUUCCUCUUCACGUCGCUCAUCGCGCCGAAGAUCCUGGCCGCGCGCACCGCGACGUUCACCCCGCGGGUGGUCUUCGUCUCGAGUCUCGCGCACACGUACCAGGCGGUUAAUCUGGAGACACUGGGCAAACCCGAUCCGGAAUCUUACAACUCGUUGAACGUGUAUUCCGAAGCCAAGACGGCGAACGUGCUCACUGCGGCAGAGAUCUCGCGGCGGUCCAAGGGGCAGAUUAACGGGUACAGUCUGCAUCCCGGAGUGAUCCUCACGAACAUGAACGAGAAGGAAGAAAUCAAAGUCAUACAGAAAGAGCUGGGGAUCCUCCGCCCCGACGGCACGCCCAACCUCGAUAUGAUGAAGUGGAAGACGAUUGCUCAGGGCGCUGCGACCACCGUCACUGCUGCGUUCGAUCCGCGGCUGGACAGCCUCCCAGGUGCUUACCUAGAUGACUCUACUAUCGCGAACGACGAAGUCGCGCCGCACGCGUCUGACCCUGCGAUUGCAGCAAAGUUGUGGGAUGCCACGGAGGCGCUCGUCGGCGUGAACUUCUCAGUCUGA